CUCGGUCUGUGGAUCUCGGGCUGGUUCCAUCCUCCAAGGACCCGGGGGAGGGACUGGGGGCCUCGGGGAGGGGGCCUCGGGCGGCCCUCCCCCGCCUUCUCGCCCCUGCCCUCGCUGGCAGGAGCCCCUAGCUGUGACCCCCGCGGGGGCAGGAGGCUGGGGGUCCAUGCUCGGAGCCUCUGCACGGCCCGGCGGCUGCCGCUGACGGCGGUGGGGGUGGGGGGGCCGGGCGCCCAGCCUCCUGCCCCACCCCCUGGCGUCGGCACCGCGGGCCAUCUGGGGCCGCUGCCCCUGGCUGCGCCCUCCCCGCCGGCUAGGCCCUGGAGGGACCCGGGAGCUGCCGCCGGCAUCAGCCCAUGGCCCGGAGGUACGAUGAGCUACCCCACUACCCCGGCAUCGUGGACAGCACUGCAGCCCUGGCUGGCUUCUCGGAGGCGGUGCCCUCGGCACCGAGAGCCCCCGGGCCCUACGGCCCCCACCGGCCUCCCCAGCCCCCGCCCCUGGGCUUGGAUAGUGAUGGCCUGAGGAGGGAGAAGGAUGAGAUCUACGGACACCCGCUCUUCCCGCUGCUGGCCCUGGUCUUUGAGAAAUGUGAAUUGGCCACGUGUUCUCCCCGUGAUGGGGCUGGGACUGGGCUGGGCACACCCCCAGGCAGUGACGUAUGCUCCUCCGAUUCCUUCAAUGAGGACAUUGCAGCCUUUGCCAAGCAGGUCCGCUCCGAGAGGCCUCUCUUCUCCUCCAACCCGGAGCUGGACAAUCUGAUGAUACAGGCCAUUCAAGUGCUACGCUUCCACCUGCUGGAGCUGGAGAAGGUCCACGACCUGUGCGACAACUUCUGUCACCGCUACAUCACCUGCCUCAAGGGAAAGAUGCCCAUAGACCUGGUCAUCGAGGAUCGGGACGGCGGCUGCAAGGAGGACCUCGAUGACUACCCGGCCUCCUGCCCGAGCCUCCCAGAUCAGAAUACUGUAUGGAUUAGAGACCAUGAAGACAGCGGGUCUGUACAUUUGGGGACCCCGGGUCCAUCCAGCGGGGGCCUGGCCUCCCAGAGUGGUGACAACUCCAGUGACCAAGGAGAUGGGCUAGACACAAACGUGGCCUCUCCCAGUUCUGGGGGAGAGGACGAGGAGCUGGACCAGGAACGGCGGAAAAACAAGAAGAGAGGGAUCUUCCCCAAGGUGGCCACCAACAUCAUGAGAGCCUGGCUGUUCCAGCACCUCUCGCACCCGUACCCCUCAGAGGAACAGAAGAAACAGCUGUCGCAGGACACGGGGCUCACCAUCCUACAGGUCAACAACUGGUUCAUUAAUGCCCGGAGACGCAUCGUGCAACCGAUGAUCGAUCAAUCCAACCGCACAGACCCCAACCUCUGGACUGUGACUGCCAGGCUCAUACCCGCUUCUGGUCGACGCCUGGCCCUCUGGCUUCAGGACCCCACCUCCUAUGGCCCCCCCAACUCAAUGCCUACCUCCCUGGGGCCCUGCCGGGACAUGAGGGGCCUGAGCGCCCACUCGAGGGUCUCUCAAGGACAAAGACAAGGCCUCCAGGCCCUGUGCCCCACUUCUGCCCUCACCUUUGCCUGGAACCCGAGCUGAGACCCUGGGCCUGGGUGUUCAGAAGAUGGCGGCUGGGUACCCCCCCACCCCUAGGACAGAGAAGGGAUUGGGGGUGGGCUGGGGCCAUCAGGGAAGGAGGGUCACCCAGAUCCGACAUUUAGAGUGGUUCCCUUCAUCCUCCCAGCCCACCCUCUUUCCCCCUCCCCCACCCCCCU